AUGAAAACUUGGCUUGUCUAUCCCCGUUCUUCCCACAAGGUAGGUGUUUAUUGGCGAGUUGUCUCGCCUCCUCCAUCAAUCGCUAGCCGUGAUUCCUUCGACGCAGAUAUCCCGAAAGAUUCACAGAUACUACUGGACCUAGGCGACAUUUUAUGUGAUCUUACGCCGAGUCAACUAUAG